GGGGCGCUGGGCUGAGGUGGCCGUGUAUAAAUAGUGUGCUCUCAAAUACACAGUCACAACAGCAGGAGUGAUCUCACCUCCUCUCCACCCCUUCUAUCUAUCGCUGCUGCCAGCCUCCUAAAAGAGCGUAUCCGUGAGCUGUACACUGGUAUAUAGAGACGGUAUAUGCUGAGAAUUCACGGUGGAUUUCCCUGAGCAGGAGCACUACUGAGCGACAGAGCUGACCAUGGAAGAACUUACGGCAUUCGUGUCGAAAUCGUUCGAUCAGAAAACCAAGGAGAGCAGCAAAGAGAGUAUCACGUACAGGGAAGUUUUGGAGAGCGGCUUGACAAGGGCGAGGGAGCUGGGCAGCCCGGAGACAAACCUGCAGGACAUUACGGAGAGCAACCACUGCCCGGUGCAUCUGUUCAAGGACCACGUCGAGCUGGAGAAGGAGAAACUGAAGGACUUUAAUGUUACGCGGGCGACAGAGGGGAUAUAUGAGUGUAAGGAGAAAAAGGAGGACGUGAAGUCCGAGGAUGAAGAUGCACAGGGCAAACUGAAGCAGCGGAGGAGUCGCACUAACUUCACCCUGGAGCAGCUCAACGAGCUGGAGCGGCUCUUCGACGAGACGCAUUACCCGGACGCCUUCAUGAGAGAGGAGCUGAGCCAGAGGCUGGGACUGUCCGAGGCCAGAGUGCAGGUUUGGUUUCAGAACAGGAGAGCAAAGUGUCGAAAACAAGAAAACCAGAUGCACAAAGGUGUUAUUCUGGGCAGCGGCAGUCCCCUUGACGCAUGCAGAGUAGCACCCUAUGUCAAUAUGGGCGCCCUCCGGAUGCCCUUCCAACAGGUCCAAGCACAGCUCCAGUUGGAAGGGGUCACCCACUCCGCCCACUCCCACCCUCACCUGCACCCUCCUGGCCGCUCACGCGCCCUACCUGAUGUUCCCGCCCCCUCCUUUCGGACUACCAAUCGCAUCUCUGGCCGACUCAGCCUCGGCGGCGGCGGCGGUGGCAGCAGCCGCCAAAAGCAACAGCAAGAACUCGAGCAUCGCCGACCUGCGACUCAAGGCAGGACUUCUGCGGGGCCAGUGGCUCAGUCCACUCCAGGCACAGAUCACAUCCCAAGGACCGUACAAACACAUGUGGAUGUCUGUCUGAGGGCCAGGCCCGGGGCCCGUCAGACCAGAAGAUGUUAGAACAAAGCAAACUGGCAGGCAGCAGCAGGGCCAAAAGCAGAGCCUCGCUGACGCUGGCUGACGCCAUGUUGACAAUGCAAAGGGUUAAACUUGUGUGUGUGUGUGGGGGGGGAAACAGACCCAAACAUCACCCCACCGAGGUAUUGGAACGGCUCUCACCUUCACCCGCCUCCCCAAUCCCCCCUCCCUCCCCUCGUGCCCCGCUCCUCACUAGAGAAACGAAAGAAGAAAACAUUUAAAGAACAAAACAAGGCCAUAUUUGUCUCCAACCACUGUGUUCCCUGCUGCUGCCAAGUGCAUGAGCUCUAAUGGAGGACCGUUACUGGGACUGGUUUCCAUCCGCACCUGACAUUAACACUCGACAGCUGUUUUAAACACUGCCAUCCAACAUGCUCCCCCCGACACCUUCAAAGUCAAAGGCCUCCAUUAGAGCCUGAUACCCUUCUUCUGAUGGACUUAUGCUCUAACAAAAGCAACAAAUCCGUUUGGUUUUUUUUCUCCCUCUUUUUGUUGUUGUUAGUCGCAGACUGGAGAGACGUUGCUCUGUGUUGUCGGGCAUGUGCUGGCGAGACUUUUGGUUUGCAUUUCUCCCUCAAAGUGUGCGCUAUCUCUCUCGCUCUGUCUUUAUUAUUUUCUUUCCUUUCUGUUUGUUGUGUUGUAUUUUUGGGUAAAGAAGUGAAGAUCGCCUUUGCACUUCAGGUCUCGCACGUGGGUGUUUACAAAUGGCACUACAAGCAGAUACUACUUUAUUAAUUGAAGCGGGGAGCUGGGUUUGAUAUCGUCACGCGAUCAGCAAAAAGAACAAUUAUCUUAGAUAAAGGGUAUAAAUGGGAUUUUCCUUUUUCCUCUUUUCUUCUUUUGUAAUUCUGAAAAAAUAUGAAGAAAGCAUCAGUCAAACUGAAAUGCAAUGGUGUGCAGUUUAAGUGCAAUACUGUAAAUAGCAAAAAAAGAAAAAAAGAAGUAAAAACAGCUAGCAGUUAGUCCUCAAUGAUAAAGAGACCCAAUGACUUUAUUUUACUUUUAUUUUUCUCAUGCACUGUUGGAGUGUUCAGUUUAUUUGCCAAACCCACCAGUUUUUCUACAGCAGUGUAUAUUUUGUUUGGUUCGAGAAAACCCCCUUAAAGACCAGGUGCCAUAUUCCUACAUAACCUCCUAUGUAUUCAGACAAUUUUCUAUACAUCAGGCACAGCUUUUAUGAGGAAAGACAUGAGCACAUUUUUGGAUUCAGCAGAAAUUAAGGUAGAUGAAAAUAAGCUCUCUUAAGUACUCCACCAACGGUCAAAGAAAUCCUUUUUGCUUUUUGCAUUUUUAGGAAAAAGUGUUUUAUCAGUCAAUCAGCACCCUAACCCAAACCGAGCAGUUGUUUAUGAUACGAUUAGUUUAAUUUUGCAUGUUGUAUGUGAUUUUUUUUUUGUCUUUUUCAUCCUUAAUUUCCAAAUAAAUUCAACGUGUAUGCUACAAAUUGUUCCAGAAAAAACAUUGGGAUGAAAUACCGUUUAUUUUGACAACCUUUUAAACACUGCUGUCAGACCCGUGCUAAAUAUAUGGAUCCGCUUCAGGUCCGCGUGACCUCGAUCAGUCUCCAAACAACAUUUUCUGUCUUACCAGACCUCCAUUUAGAAAUGUUUAUUAAUGUCUCCAUUUUAAAUUAAGCAUAUGGGUGUUUUAUUUAUUAUUUUGUCUGAAAGUUUAUGAAAGAUUAAAUAGUUGAACUACAAGUGUACAUUUUUACAUGGCUUUGCAUUUAUUUUUGUAUGUUUUUAUUAAGUGUUUCAUUUUGAAUUGGGGGGUGGCGUGGGGGGUGUGGCUGUAGUAAGUUGUUUGCCUAAAAAAAAAAAAAAAAAAAAAAUGUAGCGUGUCCGAGUUUACAAACAUUUCAGGGACGGUUGAAUUUAACAAUCCAUGGAAUUUGUUGUACCCAUUAAAAUGAUUACCAUUUCAUAUGCAAGCAUGCCUAAACAUGAAUCAUCGUACAGUUUGUUUUUUUACCCUUUUGAGUCACAAAAUAUGAAUGUACAUCUUGUACAAGUAAACUAUCAAUAAAGUUAUAAAU